UCCGACUUACGGGGGCACCGAUCUUUUCGCCGUUGUCGCACGCACUCCGGGCGCCCACGCAGCCACCGACACGUCGUGCCGCCCGAUCGGAGACGAGCAUAAGUGGUCGGAGAUAAAUGAUAAUCGAGGGGAGACCGAGCAGAGGGAAGAAAACGAGGAGGCGGAAAAAAAAUUAAUGUCAUAUCGCAACGGCGACAAUACCAAAUUAUAACGUUCCAAGUCCCCGGGAAGUAAAGAGUAGAAAUUUUAAACAAACGCACUCUAUGACCCACGCAUUGUACACCGAUUUUAACACCGCACACGAAUCGUGUACCCUCGACUCAGCUUUCAAACGCGCAGAAAAUUACAGACCCCACAGAAUUAACGAGCCUGAUCUUUUUUUCAUCCCUCUAUAUUUUAUCGCCACGUUUUCGACCGUCGCAAUCACUUCUCAGUCUCUGUCUAUCUGUAAAUCCCACUCAUUUGUUUUCAUUUCGUCGCUCUAUUUUUAUCGUCGAAUAUUCUUCGUCCAGAUAUCCCUUUUUAUUUUUUCUCAUCAACAUCGUCGUAAGUCGGGUAUAAAUAAUCAUCGUUGUGUCGAGUGAUAAAAAUUUUCAAAAAAUCUUCGCCACCCCUCCCGAUAGAUUAUUGCGUGAUUAAAAAACCGUGAAACACGUUCUGUGACAUGGUGAAGAAUCGUAUCGCAGUUUAAUUUGUGCGUGAAUUUAAACCAGGAUCCCUGCACGAGUUUCUCGUGAAAAAAGUUCGACGAAUAAUCAAACGGAUAAUUGAUAGAACCGAUCGUUGAAUAAAUUAUCGCGAAGUGGUGUCCCUCCUGGAGUGUAUAAAUCAGGCGUGAGAAUCGAGAACACGGUUCGCUCCGAUUUUCAACUAGCAGCUCGGCAGACUCGACGAUAUAUUUAAAUAGUAACGCUGGCAAAGGGUGACACGGCUCCUCCUUAAGUGCAACGUGAUAUCCGAGCUAGGCGACAGUGUGACAUCUGAUGAACGCGUGCGUGCUAACGCGGUGCGUGCCUUUCACCAGAAGGAAUAUCAAAUUUUUCCCAGACUUUUGAAAGAAAAAAAACACCUCCGGAGUUUCAUUUUUCCCGCCAAUUAUUUGCCGAAAUUCGAAAAUUCGAACGACAACCGAAGUCUUGGAUUAUCGCGAAGCGCGAUUCUCGUCCCGGUGCUUCAGCAGCGAGUCACGUGGUCCGAGAGUCGAAGAGGCGAACAGGGGAUAAGAGUGAGGAGAGUACAGACACGUGGAUCGUGGAACUCUAUCAAAAUAUCGAGAUUGAGCUCACGAUGAAGAAGACGGCAAUACGGAAGAUAAAAGUUAAAAAUCCUAAGGUCUGUUUGGAAAUUUUAACCACAUACCAGUGGUACAACACGUCGUGAACGCGAGAUCGAUUAGAUAAUAAUAAUAACACAUACGCGUAUGCACUUUUAACGGAGUGCGUAUAAACGUGUGUGUGUGUGUAUAUAUAUAUAUAUAUGUAUGUAUGUAUGUAUUUAUACAUAUGUAUAUAUAUGUAUGUAUAUUUAACGAAGUGUGCGUGUGUGUGUAAUAUAUUGAAGAAAAGUAAAUAAAUGAAUAAAUAAAAGUAUCUAUACAUGUGUGUGUAAAAUUUUUCGUGUACGCAAUUGGAUAACGAGAGUCCAGGAGUGGUGGAAACUAAAAUUGUGCGAUCGUGCGAGAAAGAAGGAAAAAGAGUGAGGAUAAGAAGUAAAAGUGGAAGAUUCGGAGGCGGAGGCGGCGGUGGAGGAGAAAGAAAGAAAGAAAAUCGGGAGAUAAUUAGACGACGAAAAACGACCGAACUGAUUCGAUCAUCCCCCUCCCCCUGCACCCGAAAAUAUAUAAAACGAUAAAUAAAUAAUUAAAUAAAUAAAUAAAUUAAUUAAACAACAACGUCAAAGUGCCAGUAGACGGUGAAAAAAUUGCCAACUUCUGGUCAAAUAUCGGGGGGGGAGUGAGGCGGUGAACCCCCCGGGCGAAAAAGCGAAACCAGAUUGGAUAAUGUGGGCAUUUCUCUUUUUGGCCGGUCUAUUUAGCGGUUGGUGGGGCGCUCUGUCUCUCGCCGCGCCCCCAGAAUCCGCCGUUGCGGCCCCUCGGACGUCAUCGACGUCAGGAAAUACCCUGAGAACGUUGCUGUUCCCGUUGACGGAAAGAAAUUCUGAGACCGAGUCGACUCAAGGUCGGGAUCACCUGGAACCGUAUCGCUAUAACGCGGUAAAAAGACGCUCGACGUCGCUCAGGCGACGGGAAUCAAAAUUUCGGUACGACAGCCUUCCGCGACUGAGAUACGAGGAGGUCAUCGCGAGUCACGGUAAAACACGGGACACCGAAUCGGCGAUCUUUCCGUUCGUCCAAGGGCCCGAAUCUACGGUCGAAAGACCCCGAGUCGCGAGGGCGGCGAAGAACCGGAAGGAGAGGACGAGGACGAGGGACAAUUCCCCGAGGGAACAGCGCAGGCGGGGAAGGAACAAGGAGAGAAGGGGACAGAACUGGUGCCCCGACGUCGACGUCGGGAACAGGGCGUACCUCGCACCGACCGUUUUUGAGGGUAAGGCCAGGAGCAUGUCUUCGGCCAGGAAACCCGAGUCCAACUACGCGGUGACCUUUGAGGUCAAGCGGGUAUACAAGAGUCAGAGCGGCUUUCAGCCGUUGGUGAAAAACGACAGUGUGAGAUUGCAUUUCCGGGAUAAAACUCCCGGGAAGUCCACCUCGUGCGAAAACAGUGGAAUCGACGGAGUGAGUGCUCCGGGUGUUGUACGGGCAAAUAUCAAAAGGGGCAAAGUGUAUCUAGUUUUUGUUAGCCGCGUCGGACCGAGGAACUUCACUAUCCUAGGCGAACCGAUUAUUCGUAGCAAAAAGAACGCCCAGGCGGUUCAAGCCGUCGUUCGACCAGACUAUGUGAGGGAAGUAACAUUGUCUGAGCUUCGAGACGCAGUUGCGAGGUUACAGGAAAAAGUGAAGCUUGUCUGCCGGACGAGAGGGUCACCACCCCCAAGGGUGCACUGGCUCAAAGACGGUAUGCCUCUUCACCCCGGACAUGGUCUCAGAAUUCAGCACAAGCGGCGGAGAUCGAAAGUGGUGAUUGCCUCUGCGAAAGCAGAGGACAGCGGACGUUACGAAUGCGUGGCGGAAAGCACCGCUGGACAUCGAGCCGCCCUGGCCGCCAAACUUCUAGUCACACACGCUCCAGAAACUACGACGGCAGCGUGGCCUCGACAGGAAGCUCCUUGCCCAAUUUCGGAGGACUUCUGCAUGAACGGUGGAACCUGCUUGUUCUUUGAGACCGUCGGUGAACCAGCCUGCAGGUGUGCCGAGGGUUUCACGGGCCUCCGGUGCGAGAACAAGGAUGUAACAAGCACCGGAAAAAUGGAUAAGUACUCUUCCUUCGCCGAGGACAUCUCCCUUGCCCGCUUCUAGCGCAUCUAGCGGCACUGUCAAGCUUGCACACCGGGACAUACAUCGUGUUUUGUUUUAUUGUAGCCUUACCUCAUACUCCCGACAUCCUCGCCUUUCCUGCCCGUCCCCGACCCCAAAUAACCCGCAAUUCCCAUGUUUUACCCAAUGGACCUGCCCUGCUUUACGCUUAUACUCUACAUACAUCCGUUCUUUCUCCAAUUUACUAUUUUGUUUUCGAAUGAUUUCCGUAUCUCCUUCUCUCAGUAUUAUUUCUACGUUUUUCUCUUCUCUACUAUCGUCUUAUCUAUUUCAUCUUGGAACUUGCUGGUUCUGGGGCUGUUACUCAACUUAAGAUAUUACAGCUGUGGUCGAGAUUUUCUAGUAGCAGUCAUACGUUAUCACGACCCUUGAACUGCUGGCCAAACUCCAUGCCUCUUCGUCCGACCAGAACUUUUGAAGAGAAACUUUAGUGAAGUUGAUUGGAAAUUCCAACACCUGAAUCCUCUUCACAUUGUUCUCGAAAAUUUCAGAAGCUCCGAAGAUCCGGCCGUGGACGAGGACGAGGACGAGGACGAGGGUUGAGGCCGAGAUAUCCUCGCCACCAGACUUCAAGCUAAGGUGAAAAAUUUUGGGACCGAAGAUGAAGACGCGACACUUGACAUACCGCAUGGUUACUUCAUAGGCAUGAAAAGACUGAAAAAACGGAAAAAAAAACAACCAUAAAUCCGAAGACGCUCCGCACUCGGAGUGAGCAGCAAAUCGACCCCUCACGAGCAAUUUGUGGAACUCUUACCGUGAAUUCUCGCGAAUUCUCGCAGGUCUAACAAAUGUCCGGUUUAACGUCUCACGUCGGGGAGAAUUCGCGAGGAUUCGAGAACCGUUCAGAGCACGCUCGGCACAGUGAAACUCUGUGUAGAUACCUUAUCGCCUUCCUCUAUAUUCCGUGUUUGCAUACGAGGUCAUCCGUCACUGUCAGUCGGCUGUGCGGCGUCGGGACGCCCACGGGAGUUAAUAUCUUUUUCACCGAGCAAAAUGGGGUGGAAAAAUAAAAAUGAAAAACCGCAUUUCGCUGGGCUGCAGCAGAUAUCGCGAAACCGAAUGGCGAGACUGACUCCAGUGCAUCUGCGAUAGUCGCAUUCUAUCGAUCUUCCCAUUCUACAUCUCGUUUUAUCCUCUCUCACAUGAGAUUUCUCAAGCCUUCGGGGCGCAGAGUAAACCCCAUGAGUACCCCAACGAACACGCUUUCUUUUAUGCAACGGGCUGAAAGUGGGUGAGAGAAUUUUGAUUGAUGCGCUUCGAGGCGGUCGGCAUAAGUUAACACCUUUUACAAAUACCAGAAGGAGCUACACUGAUUCACGUUGUAAUCACGUGUAUGUAUGAUUUAGCUUAUUUUUCGUACCUGUUGUAAAUUAGAAAGUUGUUUUUUCUACUAACAAACAACAUCGAUAUUGACCCACUGAUGAUGAGAGACAAAUUUUAUUAGCCUUCCUCGUUUGAUUCAUUCGAUAAGUCAUUUGUUGUUGGUUCGAACAAGGCGCACUGGAAUUUAAUAAACAUACUAGUAUCAAGGCAUUGAUUAUUUAAUUUCAGUUGUUUUUGCAGCAACAAGUACGGACUUUGUGAUCACUGUUCAAACAAUCAAUGCCUUUUAAAUUUCCCAAAUAGACACGGAGUUGGAAUAAAAUUUAUUUAAAUUAAAGAAGAUUUCCUGAAAUCAAAUGAACUUUAUCCGAAUUAAGUAUAUAUCUAUCGGAUUCGAAGAGUCUUAACCAAUUGAAUAGUGCUGAUAUUGGCCGGACUAAGAACUUUCUGCUCGGAUGUGUGCUGAGCUUAUAAAAUAUUAUGAAAGAAAAUCUAUUUUCUGUGUUAUUUAUGAUGAAAUCCGAAAUUUAAACAGCUCUAAGAUGAGAAACACCACGUCGAUUAAUAUCCAAGUUAUCCAAAUUUGUUUCUCCGUUCUUGAAGCAUCGUCGGACAAAAAUUUGAUCACAUACACACCCGAACUUCCAUCGGCCACUCAAAAAUAGUC